ACAGUUUCUAAAUCCAACUGAUAAGAUACCGAAUGACUUCUUCAGAUUAUUUUUUGAUAGAUAAUAAAUAAGUCUGUAUGUUUAUUAAGUCAUCAGGAAGACAUUAAGUUAGUCGAAUUUUUGCGGUGAACCAGGUUGGAGUAAAGAAUAGCAAUCAUGAAGCAGAAUAUAUUAGCAUUAACAAUCUUAUGCCUUUGCAUUUCAUCAAUUCCAUUAUCGUCAGCUCAAGAGCAAACUCUACCAUGUACAUUCCGUAUGAUGGAUGGAUUCUAUGAAUGCUUUUUAAAUGCUGUAUCAACACCUAAUAAUGAGCUCUGGAAUUUUGCUUUCACUGGAACUCAUAUUGCAGGUCAAAGUAAUGCUGGGGUAACAAGGUUGAACAUCCAAGGAUCCAGAUCAUAUUUUAUCAUCAGACAAGCCUUCACAACUUUUGUUAACUUAAGAGUUUACAGCUUUACUGCUCCAAUUGCCGGAAAUGUUAUGAGAUUCCAAGCAGAUGCCUUCCAAAAUGCUAAUAUGCUGGAACAAAUCAUAAUUAAUGGAGCAGGACUUAAUACUAUAUUUCCAAAUGCUUUAAUUGGAGCUCCAAAUCUUCAAGUUCUUAAUUUACAAAAUAAUCUGUUAACAUCAUUGCCUAAUUCUUUAUUGGAUUUAUCAUAUCGUCUUACGACCUGCAACUUGAUGCAAAAUCAAUUGACCGAAAUUCAUCAAACAUUCUUUGCACGUACUACGAACAUAACAAAUAUUAACUUGAAUAAUAAUCAAUUGACUAGUUUACCCCAAAUUUUAUUAUCACAAACGAGAUUGAUUGUUCAAUUCCAUGCUCAAUCCAACCAAAUUAAUGCUAUUGGACGAAGAUUCUUGGAUAAUUUGAAUGCCUUGACAACUUUGAACUUACUUGGAAAUGCCUGUGUGUCCCAAAACUUCCCAAAUAUCAACAGUGGAAACAUCAACGACGUUCAUACAGCACUUCAAAAUUGCUAUAACAACUAUGGAGGAAGUGUAGAACCAAGAUCCUUCAGAAUGAACUUAAGAGGAAUGAUGACAUUAUGGAGAGAGGAUGGAACUUUAGUUGGUCGAUUGUAAGCUAGCCUGAAUUAUAUAACACCAAAAAAUAUUGUUCAAUACAUUUAAGCAUAAAGGUGUCAUCCGCAAAUUAAUAAAUAAAGUAACUGUAAAUGUGUGCGAAGAAAAAAAAUUCUGUGAAUAAAGUUGUGACUGGAUUUUCGAACGGUAAAAUAGAUAAGAUUUAUUUUAAGAUAGCACAAUGACUCAGUUUUUAUCAAAAAGUUACCUAAAGUGCUUGAAUAAAUUCCUUUUGUCAUUAAAGCUUGAACCAUUUUUAUGGAGUUGCUUUUAAAUAAAUGGAUGGAUUUAAAAGAAAAAGGGUCUGCAGAGAAAUCUUG